AUGCCUACCACCCAACCCAACAACGACAGCCCUCCAGCCUUCGAACCCGACAACAAUAUCGAGCUCUCCUACUUCAAGGACACUAAAAUCGUCAAAGUCAGCGUCUACAACAACCACGCGGAGAUUACUAGCCACUGCAAUGUUGCCGUAAGCACUGGACAAAACUUGGUGCAAAUCAAUGGAUUACCGAAUGCCAUUGAGGCCCCGUUUUUGAGGUGCUUCGAAGGACGGGGCUCCGCUACCAUACACGAUGUUGUUCUAUCUACGAUCCUCCCUCCUUCUAUCGCGACCACAUCGGCCAAACUCGUUGACCUCCAGAGCAAACGCGAUCAGCUACAAAAAGCUUUGAGUAGGGUCACGAAGGCCCUUGGGUCGCUCGAGAGCUACCUUGGUCCAAUGAACGUGCAGUACAUCGACUCCACCAAGCUCACAGCCGUCGUGGACAGCUACGACUCUGCCGCUGAGAAACUUGAUGACCGAGUCUUGAAGUUGGAAAAGGAGCUCAAAGACACUGAGGAUGCUAUCAGAACUGGGCAGGUCGCGCUGUCGCGUCCCCCGGAGGCAAAUAGCCUCUUGAAACACCGUGUAUCCAUUGGCGUGUUUGCAGAUUCUGGCGGCGAGGUCGAAAUCAGUUUAAUUUAUGGCACGUUCUUUUCAAAUCCCAGACUUGUAUCUGUUAAUCACGCCAGUUGGUACGCUGGUUAUGAUGUUCGAGUCAACACACAGACAAGAGAGACUCCGGUUACUCUUAUAUAUAAAGCCAAUAUCAAGCAGGCCACUGGCGAGUCUUGGGAAGACGUCCCCCUCACUCUCGAGACCGUCACACCGACUUAUGGUGUUGGCGUUCCCACCCUCAAUCCCUGGAAGCUAUUCCCCCUUAGGCUCGAUCCUCUACAACCUCAACCUCAGUCAGUAAUUCCGCAGAUGAUGAGUCGAGGCACGCCCGGUGAUUUCCACGAGAGAUCUGGGGUGGCACAAUUUCAAAGCAUGGACACAGUGGGACCCCGUCCCAGCAUGGCACAUAUCGGAUCGGCCAUCACUUCAAAAGGAAAUGUCAGUGCAACUCACAGGGUUCCUGGUCGCAUUACUAUCCCCAGUGAUGGGGUUGAGCAUACCUUUACGAUAGUCCAGUUGAAUCUUGACGCAUCCAUGUCGUGGGUUUCAGUCCCAAAGGUUGACACGAAGACUCAUUUGAAGGCCAAAAUCACCAACGCGUCCGACUAUCCUUUGCUUGCUGGUUGGGCGAGUAUCUACGUUGACGGUAGCUUUAUCUCAUGGUCUUUAUUGCCUGCCGUCAGCGCUCAAGAGAGCUUUGAUUGUCCCCUUGGGUUGGACCCAUCUCUCCGUAUCACUUACCACCCUCAAAGCAAAAAGGCCUCCCAAAGCGGCUUCUACACUAAAUCUUCCAUCUACAUCUACAGCCAACGCAUCUCUAUCCACAAUACCAAUGCAACGGUCGCCAUCGAGAACCUCAAGAUCCUCGACCAAAUUCCUGUCUCUGAAGACGAGCAGAUCAAUGUCAAGCCGGUCAGCCCUGCAUUGUCGCUUCUCGAUGCGCAUACAAUCAAGAGUUCGAUGACGAAUACGCCGAGGGCUGUUCCGCACGUUCAGGUCAGCGAGGGUGUAGUGGCACAAUGGGAGGGAUCGGAUGAGAGUGGGAUCGAUGUUGAUGCGCUUGGUAAGGAUGGGAAGAUUAAUUGGUUGUGCACGGUCCCGCCACAGGGUCAGUUGAACCUUGUGAUGCAGUGGGAGGUGUCGACGCCGGCUCAUGUGGAUGUUAUCGGGUUAUAG